AAACGGUUCAGGAUCGGACUUUAUUUGUGCUUUGCUUUCCUGGCUAUCGCUCAAUUACUACCCGCCGAAGAAACCAACGCAUCUCCUGAGUACCUGCCUCCAGUCGAUGAUAAUUCUACUCCUCUCGCUGAAGAUGGCUACCGUUACAAGGCCGUGAAACGUCUGAAAUACCGUCAUCGCCGUGAUGUUGCCUCGGAUGAAUAUUUAUCACCAGUUGCAGUUGGACCACCUGGCGAAUAUUUGCCACCAGAAGAUGUCACUCUUGUUGCCGAUGAUGGUUACCGCUACAAGACCGUACGUCGUCUCAAAUUCCAGGCCCGUCAUCGUCGAGAUGUUUCCGAAUUGAAUUCAUUUCCAUCAGCUGAAAACUUACCUACAAUUGAUGUUGAAUUUGCGCCAGAAUUUAAAAAUAUUUUGGGUGAUAAUGGUUGCCUUUAUAGGACUGUGCGCCGCCUGAAGUUCCGUCGCCAUCGUCGUGAUGCUAAACCCGUUGAAGAACCUGCUGUUGUCGAUAUUCCCAGUGAUAAAUAUCUGCCCCCAAGCAAUGAUGCUACCGAAGAGCCAGAAGUGAAAACCGCUGUUUUGUCGCAAGAUGGUUACCGUUAUAAGACUGUGCGCCGCUUCAGGUAUCGCCACCGUCAAUAA